UUGAGUUUCAGUCCAGUAGUAUAACAGGUUGAAUUAAAAUAUACAUAUCAACCCGGCGUAGCUAUGGGUCUUAUCUUUUCAAAGAUUGUCCAAGCUUACCAGAGUUUUGGCAACAAUGAAGCGCGGAUUCUGAUGGUCGGACUGGAUGCCGCAGGAAAAACUACGAUAUUGUACAAACUCAAGUUGAACGAGACGGUCACAACAAUCCCGACAAUCGGUUUCAAUGUCGAGACUGUAUCACCGAGCAAAAAUUUGACAUUUACGGUUUGGGAUGUUGGCGGACAGGAUAAAAUCCGUCCGCUUUGGAGACAUUAUUUUCAAGGAACAGAAGGCCUGAUUUACGUCGUCGACAGCAACGAUCCAUCAAGAAUGGAGGAAUCACGAAGUGAAUUCCAGGGUGUUUUGACUGACCUCGACAGUGAUCGCAUUCCCAUCCUGGUUUUCGCGAACAAGCAAGAUCUACCACACGCAAUUCAAACCAGCGACGUUGCGCAGAAGCUGGGCCUACAUCAGCUGCGACGGCCGUGGCACGUGCAGGGGACGUGCGGCCUGAGUGGCGAUGGUCUCUACGAAGGUCUGGAUGUAUUCGGAAAGAUGGUCAAAGAAUUCCAACAAAGUAAACCAAGUUCGAGAUUUUGAAACUUGACAGAAUUGUGAACUUAGGGCAUAAUAUUUCAUAUACCUUCGACAUUUUCCACCAAUCAUGUAUAUUGUAGUAGCUACUAAGGUUGAUAGUAUCAUUGAUUGAGUAAAGCACUUAUAAUCAAUAUUUCUAAACUGUCAAAUAUACAAAGCGCGAGAAUUUAUUGCAUUAUAUUCAUCAGAGUUUACCCUGAGCACUGAAAUAGUGAUUCAUUACCUAAACCGUUGUAUUGCAUUGUCCAUUAUAUUAUAUUAUUUUGC